AUGGAAAAUGAAAUUGUUUUGAGCGAAGAAGUUGAAGAACUAAAAAAUUUGAUAUACGUGGAUGAUACUCCUUUCAAUCACCUAGACUUCAUGAAGGUGCCAUGCAUCCCCUGUUGUGUCUUACCCGGCAUGUCCUUCCUAAACACGCGGGCCGAAGAGGAACACAAAAACGGAUAUAGAAAAGAUGAAAUCAACGAGACUGAUGAGCUACUAGUCGAAUACUUUUACGCAAAGAGACUACACAGAAGCAACUUAGUAAAAAUAAAAUUUCCCGAAUGUUACGAAAUGGCUGGAGCUCUUCUAUCAGAUGCGACUGCAGCCUCUGUCGGAAAUUUGACUCAUCUAUAUUUUGAAUUAGGAACCGAAUUAUGCCACAUGUUGCCCGAAAACGAAUGGCCAGUGGAGAAGCUGGAAGAGCUCCUCCUAAUCGCGGAAAUGCGCAGAAGGAUUUAUCUAAUGAAACAUAAUGACCAGGUGGACCAAACAUACUUGGAAGGAAUGACGUUCAUGGAGAGGAAAAUGUUCAAUUCAUUCUCAAAGGGAACCGACGUAGACAAGCAGAAGGCGACAUCGAACAGGAAUAUUUUUAAUUUUUUUGAAUUCGAUUUAUGA